UCUUUCCUAUCAUUUUCAACUCCAUCCCUUUCCAAUUAUGAGAAUAUUUUCCUCUUGUCAUCAACCCAUUUACUUAAAUAAAAUCUAACUCUAUGGCCGUGCUCACCACAUUCACAAAUCUCCCACUAUUUUUUAACUCUAACACACCCUCCUCCUUGUCCUUUUUUCACUACUACAUCAAUGGCUGCCACCACCACCACCACCACGACCGAUGUCUCCCCGAAAUACCGGGCCCCGACUGAUUUCCACCCCGAGAUACCAGAACUCUCGGUUUCCGAAAAUCCCCAUGACGGUCUCCACUUUUGGCAGUUCAUGGUUGCCGGGUCUAUAGCUGGUUCCAUUGAGCACAUGGCUAUGUUCCCUGUUGACACUCUGAAAACCCGCAUGCAAGCCAUUGUCGGUUCCGGGUCAUACCCGGUUCAGAAUGUUAAUGUCCGGCAGGCUUGUAAGUCAAUUAUGAAAAAUGAAGGCGCUGCUGGUUUUUAUAGAGGUAUUGGUGCAAUGGGACUUGGUGCAGGACCUGCUCAUGCUGUUUACUUUUCAGUUUAUGAGCUUUGCAAGCAGUUUUUUUCUCGUGGGGAUCCGAAUAACUCUGUUGCUCAUGCGGUUUCGGGUGUUUGUGCUACGGUGGCGAGUGAUGCUGUUUUUACCCCGAUGGAUGUGGUGAAGCAGAGGUUGCAGUUGAAGAGUAGUCCGUAUAAAGGAGUAGUGGAUUGUGUGAGGAGGGUUCUUGUUGAAGAAGGGAUUGGUGCGUUCUAUGCUUCGUAUAAGACUACUGUGGUUAUGAAUGCGCCUUUUACGGCAGUUCACUUUGCCACUUAUGAGGCGGCGAAGAGGGGUUUGAUUGAGGUUUCACCGGAUAUUGCAGAUGAUGAGAGGUUGGUUGUCCAUGCUACUGCUGGUGCUGCUGCUGGUGCUUUAGCUGCUAUUGUUACUACCCCUCUCGACGUUGUUAAAACGCAAUUGCAGUGUCAGGGGGUCUGUGGCUGUGAUAGAUUUUCUAGUAGCUCAAUCGGACAUGUUAUUAAGAUUAUCGUGAAGAAGGACGGAUACCAGGGGCUUAUGAGGGGAUGGAUACCUAGGAUGCUCUUCCAUGCUCCGGCUGCUGCAAUUUGCUGGUCUACCUAUGAAGCAUCAAAAGACUUCUUCCACCGACUCAAUGGCAACCCAGAUAACUAAGGAAUUUUGAACCAAUGAAUCUUCAGGCGAAUCAACCAAGCUGACAAGCGCCAGAAAUUGCAUCAGACAACCAUGGAAAUCCGAUGGAAUAUAAGCAUAAUUUCCCCAUACCUAAACACUAGUGAUUUUGAAAGGGCAGGCAAGGUUAUGAAGAAAUCCAAUUCACAUGUACAUUAUGUAGAUUGGGUCUUGAAGAUUCAGUUGUACUAAAAAUCAAUUUAUCCUUUUCAUUAUGUGUUGAUUUUAUUCCCUGCUGUAUAGCAUUUGCAUGGAAUGUUGAAAUUUCCA